ACGAGAAGAAUGUUGACACACUGAGCAACUUCGAUGAUGAUAUUGAUGAAAAUUCUAUGGAGGAGGACCCGGAACUAAAGGACACGGCAAGUGAUUCAUCCAAACCCCUCAUCUCUUACUCUGGGUCAUGUCCUUCUUCACCACCUUCUGUGAUCUCCAGUAUUGCUGCUUUGGAGAAUCAAAUGAAAAUGAUUGAUUCUGUCAUGAACUGUCAGCAGCUGACCAGUUUAAAAUCCAUAGAAAAUGGAUCAGGGGAAAGUGACCAUUUGAGCAAUGACUCCUCAUCAGCCGUUGGUGAUCUUGAAAGCCAGAGUGCAGGCAGCCCUGCAAUGUCAGAGUCUUCUUCCUCCAUGCAAGCUUUGUCUCCUGUGAAUAGCAAUAGUGAAAGUUUCAGAUCAAAGUCCCCCGGUCUCAGUAACCAGGAAGAGCCUCAAGAAAUACAAUUAAAGACAGAAAAGCCAGACAGUCCACCACCCACAACUGAAAAUGGAGGCGCAUUAGACCUGACAUCCACCAACCCGGGAAGACCGGUCAUCAAAGAGGAGGCUCCUUUUAGUCUGCUGUUCCUGAACAGAGAACGUGGUCCCAGCCAAAGUACUCCUAGCCUGGUCACCAGUACAGCACCUACCAUGAUCAAAAUGGAAGUGAAUGGUCACAGCAAGCUGAUCUCUUUGGGUGAGGUUCCCUCGCUUCCAGCUGGAAUCCAGGUUCCUGCUGCACCACAGACAGUGAUGAGUCCGGGGAUCACCCCUAUGCUGGCACCCCCCCCUCGCCGGACUCCCAAGCAGCACAACUGUCAGUCAUGCGGGAAGACCUUCUCCUCAGCAAGUGCACUGCAGAUACACGAGCGCACCCAUACCGGUGAAAAACCGUUUGGUUGCACAAUCUGUGGUAGAGCUUUUACCACAAAGGGGAAUCUUAAGGUUCACAUGGGGACUCACAUGUGGAAUAACGCCCCUGCACGCCGUGGCCGACGCCUCUCCGUGGAAAACCCCAUGGCUUUGCUUGGUGGCGACGCUCUCAAGUUCUCCGAGAUGUUCCAGAAGGAUUUGGCAGCUCGGGCCAUGAAUGUUGACCCCAGUUUUUGGAACCAAUAUGCUGCAGCUAUCACUAAUGGACUUGCUAUGAAGAACAAUGAGAUUUCUGUCAUACAGAACGGAGGCAUUCCUCAGCUCCCAGUAAGUCUAGGCGGAGGCGCCAUCCCACCUCUUAGUAACCUUACCGGUGGCAUGGACAAAGCUCGCACGGGCAGCAGCCCUCCCAUUGUCAGUCUGGACAAAGCAAGUUCUGAGACGGGAGCCAGUCGUCCAUUCACCAGAUUUAUUGAGGAUAAUAAAGAGAUUGGCAUAAAUUAAAAGCAUUCAUUCCGAAUAACUGUUGGACCUCUACUCGACACAACACUUGUCCUGUUCCAUGUACAGCUUUUGAAGCUAAGCAUUAGUUUCCUGACCUAAAUGCAUAGGUUCCCUUUAAAAUUUUACCCAUAGCAGAAAUACAUAACUUUUUGUGGCUGCUGAAAAGUUGUCUUGCAAGAUCUGCAUGGUACUUCUUUCAACAGUGAGUUUGACUGUUACUGAGAACUUUGAAACCUUUUAAUUUAACAGAAAACAAGGAAACAAACCAGUUAUGGGAUAACUUCACUAGAAACAGAAAGAGGCUAGUCUACAUUCACUUUGCUUCUUACAAAACUUACUAUCACCUGAGAAAGGGGGGCUUCAUUACAGCAUUCUGUCACACUUAUUUGCUGGUUUUUGUUCAAAUUAGUUAGCAACUUGGACUAUGUUUUUAGGAAUCUUAAUAUUAAAUAAGUAAUUUAGUACCCCAAUGCUGUGUAUUAUUACAGUAUCCUUGUCUGUAGUAUUUAUAAUGUUAAGAUUAUGCGGGUAACAGACAAUAUACUAGCCCCAAACUUAAAUGAAGCUUUUGUACUGCAAAAUACAUCUGGCUAUGUGAUUUUUCUUUUUUCUUUUUUCCUUUUGUCCUUUUUAUUUUAAGCAAGUUUUGUUUUACUAUGAAAAGUGGUUUCUUUCAAUGCAGGCAAAUUUGUGAAGUUUUAUUGGGAAAGAUAGCAUGCUUUUCAUGUGCAAGUACCUGUCAGUAACAAACCUUUUUUUAUUUAAAUAUUUGUAGCUGCUAUGUGGACAGUUGUUCUAUUAAAUGAAAAAAAAUGUAGUGUGGAUUUUAGCUCAAUGAUUGGAAAACAAGUUACAGACAAACCUUAGCACCAUAAAUUAUUCACAACAUUAUAAACAGUUGUGAGUAAAUACUCCGUGUUAUCCAAGCUGCACAAUAAAAAGGUAAUGUUUGUAUAACGUGGUUGCAAACUCUUAAUUUAUACUAUUGCACUUUUAGUAUUUUGUAUUAGGGAGGUUUGUCUAUAAUUUGAAACUGAACAAAGAUGUCAACUAUUUUAUAAAUAGUACUUUGACUUAAGGAGUAAGGAGGAGGACCCUGUUGCAGUUUCUUGUUUUGUUUUAAGCUCAAACAAUGAGAGAUCUCUAUCAACUAAGCAGAAAAUUGCAGAGAACUGUCAGAUCCUUAGGAAAUAUGGGGACUGCUGUUUCUUAAACGGAAAUGAUUCAUUUAACUUUUCUAUAAUGCCCACUUAAAAGCGUGACCACCCCUGACAGAAUUCUGAUACAUUUAUCUUAGGAGUGUGAUAUUAAUACAAGUCUAGGAUAGAGGAAGGAGAACAUUAUGUAGGUUUAAUUUUCCUGUAAUCUGUUCUGUCUCUUUCACACAUAACCAUAAGAAAGAUGCUGACUGCCUAAUAAUAGUGGGAACAAAAGAAGAACUUUUGGGCAGCAUGAGCAGUAGUAACACACAAAUGCUCUGUAUUUAUUUCCAACUGUCUGAUUAUCUUUUCAGAUUGCUCCAAAGCACAAUGUACUCUGAUUAAUCAAAUAUAAUUUUACGUUGAUUGCAUUGUUGGAAUUACACUGAGUAAACAAAGGGAUUGGUUCCACUCAUAAGUUAAGCGGGGAAUGCUGAGGAGACUGGGGCUUAAUCAAAACUUGAACAGAAAAUGUUUUGUGUACUACCUCACUUUUGUGCGUUACAAGUAUGGUGGAGUUGACACUCUGAACUUCCGUCCAGCAGAAUUGCUUGAGGGACAUUAUGGGUAGCUGGGAAACAGCGCAAGGAGUUUCAUGCCCCUGAAGAACGAAUCAGACAGUGAGGUCUUCUCAGUUAAGACUGAAAAAUAGGACAAUCUUUCUUAUAAAACAGAAACCGUUACUGUAAGAGGAUGGACAAUUUCUGCCAUCAUGUAAUGGAGUGAAAAGAGCUUCAAACACUUAUUAGCUGUUUGUUUCUAUUAGAAAUGAACAAUGAACUCUACAGCUCCAUUUUCUACAAUGAUGAGAUAGAGAUAUAUAGAUAUAAAGAUAUAUCUAUAUCUGAGCAAAAUUAUAUAUCUGUAACACCUCUACAAUAUGAUAUAAUUUUUUGCCACAGUGUGUGGGUGGUUAGGGGUGUUUCCAAGCAUUAAAGAAAAAGAAAACUGAGGUGGCUUAAUGUUGCUGUAUUUCAGCAAUUGAAUGUUUUUAUUUAUCUGUGUAAUUUUUGGUGUGACUUUUUUUUUGGUUAGUAUUUGGUACCAUGUAGUGUUAUCUCUAUUCCCUAAAGGAUGUGUAUAAUUAAAAAAAAAGCAGAAAAAAUAAAAAAGAAGGAAAAAUAGAGAAGAAAAAAUGAAAAAGGAAAAAGACAAAAAAUAUGUAUAGUGUUGUAAAUAAGAUGGUUGAUGAUGGUACAGUAAGACUGACCCCAUUUUGUAUUCAGGGUUAGGCCAUUCCUCUCUGCAUGGUGAAGAGAGACACUAUUUUUAUACUGUGAUACCAUGUAGGGCUAGGAGCCUCCCUGGAACAGCUGGGAAUUGUUACCUAGAUCCAAUAUUUUUUAUUAUUAAAUCUUGUUGGCUUGACACAUCUACUGAUUGAAAUGGAUGUCUUAGUCUAGGUUACUAUUUUUGUCAUAUGGAAUUGAAUAAAAUGCAGGAUGUAAUAUUAUUUCUGAAUUGCGUUCCUUGAUUACUCUAAUAACAGAACAAGAUAUGAGACUGAGGUCACUUGUGGUAGAUUGGUGUCAAUGACUUCUAAUCAUUGCAUCUGGAAAUCAGAGUAAGGUCGACACCGUAUAUUCAAACGUUUUUCUAAUUUAUAUUAAUAGUCCAAAGGGAUAGAAUUAUUAAAAUAUCUUUUCCAAUGAAAAUAAAUUUUAAGAGCAUUUAUCCCAAGGUAGUAGAACUAAAAAAGACACCAAAAAGAAAAUUUUGGAGCAGGGAAAACAGAUUUUGGAACGACUACUGUUUCAAACUGACUGCUUUCUGAACACUUAUCCUGUACUGUCUAAUGAAAAAGCCUCCUUUUCAGGUUGUUUAAACAUCUGCCUAAUAUUCAUGAUACACCGCAUGAUAAAAUUUGUGAACAAAUUUAUCAGGAGCAGUUCAAAUUCUAAAAUACAAAAGGGAAAAAAAUUGACAGCUCGCAUCCAUUCAUUCCAAAUGACAUAACCUAUACGUUUAAACCCAUGGUUUUAUUUUGUCUUUUUUUCCGAUAUCCUCAAUUAUCAAAGCAUGUCUAACUUUAACAAAAUUAUUUUUUCAUAUUGAUUUAAAUAAAAGUAUUUACAUUCUUAAGGUUAGGCAUGUGGUUACGUAUCUCCUGCAAAAAAGCUGUAUGUUUGAGUAAACUCCAAGCUGUUAUAUUCCGAUGGUGAAUGCCUGCUGCAUUUAAAACCGACAAAAGAUAAAUAAAAGAGAAAAAUCUGUAUCAAUCAUUUUUCAGUGGCCUUGUUAUGCAGAUACUGUGUUUUAUAAGACAAACCCAAAGAAGGUAUGAGUUUCCUCAGGUUACUCAAUAACAAUGACAGAUUUGUGCUUUUCUUCCUCCAUGCACAUCCCUGAGUCUUGCUGAGAGAAAACAUGAUAUGCAAAAGAGAAGAAAAGCAAAGGAGAGCUGAUAGAUAUGUUUCUGUUCAAAACACAAGAGGAAAAUUACCUGCUUUCCCCUCCUCCCCCCCAAAAAAGGAUGAAAGCAGAAUGGUAUCUAUUUUUAAAUAUGUAUGGGUUAUUUUUUUUAUCAUACAAAGACAUUAAAUAAUAAAAUAUGCUACACAGAUUAAAAUGGCCAAAGUCUGUUGAAUUACAGAUGUUUAAAAGGACAGCCAUGUAGGAACUCUACAUAUGAUCAGAAAAACUGCCUGUUAUGAUUUUUUAAAGGGCAGUGUUCCAGAAAGGCUUUCAAAGUUUUCACUUCCAUUUUUCCCAUGAGUUAUUAGACAGCAUUUAUGAAAUUAUUGAAAUAACUUAAUUUUUUACCCAAUUCUUUUUAUCUAUCUAUUUAUUUUGUAUCUCAGCCGUCAAUAUAUUACCUGUUCCUUUGCCUGUUUUUUCCUUUCUCUUUUGGUAAAAGCUUUGUUUUUCUAAAGCUGCAUUUGUGCUGUUUUUCUGUUGCCUUUGAUUUACUUCUCUGCAUGUACUCUGUCAUUUGGAAGAUACUGUGGUUUAUUUUUUCCCUUUUUCUCUAAUUCUGCAGAGGUCAAAAGAGCUGCCUGUUUUUUACGUCUAUGUGUAACACUAGCAUAAUGAGUGAUGGAGUCUUCAGUGAUGUGAUCAGGUAUGUGCAUAGCUCACAGGAUUUGCUGGCAAACAUGCCACUCACACUCCCUCCUGCAGAUGAAGGCAUGAAGCUCGUUAGUGCUGCUGGUAUAGGGCAGCCACAGACGGGCAGGAGGAUGGAAGUCCUGAUCCUGACUCCACUCUGCCUGCUUUUACACCACUGAAACUCCACGGCCUUCAGUGGAAAUGCUCCGGGUUUAUUCUGGUGCUCGAGGGACUGCUUCCACUUUCAGAUGUCUUGCUUUUCUUUAUGCAUCUUCAAAACAAUGGCUAGGUAUACAGUAUUUUAAAGUAUGUCUAAGCAAAAGCAUUCCAGACUUUAUUUUUAAAAAGAGGGAAAAGAGAAUACAUAUAUUUUAGUACAUUCCACAGGAUUAUCCCAGUUUUAAAGGAGGUCCUGAAAGUUGAAUCUAAAAAUAUAUAUGGCUGUGCCCCUUAAUAUAUAACUUGAUGCCAUCAUACAACAAUUCACAUAAAUGAAUAUUCACAUAAAUGAGUAAAAGAAACUGUAAUUUUUAUGCAUGUAAGUAAAAGAAUGGGAGACUCUUGCUACAGCUCUGCUGCACAAGGUAUGCAUUCACAGGUAAAUGCCUUCCCUUUGCAGAUAUGAAACAUACCAGCAGACUUACGAAAAGAAAAAUACAUUUUUGUGCAUGUCACAGGACCAACACAUAGUACCUUAUUUUUUCAAAGGGAGAAUGUCUCAAUCAAUUGACAAAGUGACAAAUAUGAAAGCCAACAGAUUUGGGCUGUGCCACUGACGUUUUUAAGGAUGUGGGCAAGUUCUUAAUUAGACUAAUAUUUUGCUGAAGAACAACAUGCUUCUGGGGCCUCUGGGAAUCAGGAACUCAGGCCUCUGGGAAUCCCCUUGCAGCAUCAGCUAGCACCUUGUAGUAUUGGGAUGAGUUGCCUCAUCAAUAAGACGGGGUAACACUUUCAUACCUACCUCACAGGGGUGUUGUGAGGAAUAGUUUUAUGUUUGUAUAGUGUUUCAAAGAUGGAAAAUGCUUGGUAUUAUCACUGAGUUUAGAGACUUUACAGUACGUGUACUAUUAUUUAUUAUUUGUACUCCAGUAGUACCUAUGAGCUCCAGUCAGGACUGAGAGGCCUUAUCCUAAAUGUUGUACACUCACCUAGCUGGGACUGAUACAAAAUUUUACUCAGUAACCUUUUUCAAAGGAGAUAUUUCAUUAUCAAAUGCCUAUUUGAUUACUAUAGGGUUUAAUUCAAUUAUUUAGGUAUUUAAAUUGAUUAUCGGUUUUAGGCUAUGGCAGAGAAUUAUCUGGUAUCACAUCUUGUUUUGAGCUUCUAUUGAUUUUCAGAAAAAGUGCACCAAUUUUCUAUGGAUACUCUACAAUCAAAUCUUGCCAUCAGUGGAAUUCUACUGUACUUUUUGCUAUUAAAGAUAAAUAUUAAAAAACAUGUGUGUGUAUACAUUAUUAUACACCAAUAUACAAUAUAUAUACCUUAAAACAUGUAUGUUUUAAAUUUCUUUAGCUACUUAGAUUAAUUUCAAACUGUGUGUGGCAUAUUUUGCUCAAGAAUUGCCCAUUUCAGAUGCAACUUAAACAUCGUUAAAUGGUGUUGGCUCUCAACAAAAGACAUAUUGUUGUUGUCAUAUUUAUGAAGGCUUGUAAGGAAAGUGUCUAAGUCUCAAUGUAUUAAAAAACCUUCAGUAAGUCAUAGAAGUCUACUUAGAUUAUGUUGAAAUAAACUACUACAUCAGAAUAAGAUCACUGUAUAUAAAUAUGUUAAAAUUAAUAAAUAAUUCCAAAGGUAAUGCUUGCUAUCAUUUGGAUGUUGAACAGAAAGUAAUUUGUUUCCCAGACUGGCAAACUAUAGUUAAUAUGUUUUUACAGGUAUCUGAUUUACAAGACUGUGUUAAGCAGCCUCUUAACAUCUGGUUAUGUGCUAAAUAUAUUGGCUCAAUCAAUUCUA